AUGAUCUAUGAUUUUGGGCUGGCAAAGCUACUCAUGCCAGACCAAACAAGAACUAUGACAAGGGUAAGAGGGACAAGAGGGUACUUGGCCCCUGAAUGGCAAAAGAACUUUCCAAUCUCUGUUAAAAUAGAUGUUUAUAGCUAUGGGAUAGUUAUCUUGGAAAUUAUAUGUUGCAGGUCCAAUUUGGAAGUUAAUGUGGAAGAUACUGAUGAGAUUGUUCUAGCUUGCUGGGUUUACAAGUGCUUUUCCUCUAUCGAGCUGGAUAGGCUUAUGAUUGGUGAAGAAGUUGAUAAGAAGACAUUGGAGAACAUGGUGAAGGCGGGUUUGUGGUGCAUUCAAGAUGAUCCAACUCUUCGUCCAUCAGUGAAAAGUGUGAUGUUGAUGUUAGAAGGGACUGAAAUCUCUGUUCCUCCAUGCCCAACUUAUUCCCCCAAUUUUUGGGUUGAAGCCGCUUCCUAUUUGACUAAUGAUUCCAAGGUGGUCAUGAGGUUUUUACAUAACCAUAUUUUCACUAGAUUUGGCACCCCAAGGGCUAUCAUAAGCAAUGAGGGAACCCAUUUUGUGAACAAGGUGUUGGCUAGUUUAUUGGCUAAGUAUAGUGUGAAGCAUAAGGUGGCUACGGCAUACCAUCCUCAAACCAAUGGCCAAGCGGAAUUGUCAAACAGAGAAAUAAAGGGUGUGCUUGAAAAGGUGGUGAAUCCGAAUCACAAGGAUUGGUCUAAGAGGUUGAAUGAUGCUUUAUGGGCCUAUUGA